AGAUCAGAAUAGUUUUGUCACAGCCGAACUUCUCCAAAUGCCCACGCCUGAGCACGCCAAGAACCACCAUGACCACUAUGAUAUGAAAUGGCAGGUGGUGUGCCAGAAAACAAGGAAACAAUUUGAGACCAAGCAUCUGCGGCACGCCACGGAUUUUUUUGAGAAGCUCUUGCGCUUGGACGUAUUUGGAAAGGACUCUUUGAAGAAGAUCCUAGAGGACGCAACGAAACUCCAAGUAAAAUCCAUAUGUGAGUCGCGCCUUCAAAAUGGCAUGCCUUCCUUGGCAGUGGAUUUUGAUCUGCAACGUAUUCAGGAAAAGCACCGGCUGCGAGAUGCAGUGCUAAGUGAUGACUUGGCAUUUCUACUGAAUGGUGCUUUAGAAAAGUGUGGAAUUACAGAAGAGGUGGCCGUGGACAAUACAUCGUUUUUCGGCCAAUAUUCAGCAAGUCUUUUGACUUCCGCACAGCUCACAAAUCAUCAAGCAGAGAAACUCAAAGAACUUUCCAGGUACUUACAUGAAGACGUCCAUUUGUCAGCCCCGGCUGGAGCGGGGAAGUCGUUUUUGGCAAUCCGGCAUGCAAUCAGCAAACUGAGUUCGAGCAGUCAGGGGAAGAUUCUAUUCAUCUCCCCGAACCGAUCUCUGGGUUUCUAUUUCGUCCGCUGGCUCCUCACAUAUGCAAAGUCAUCGCUGCCAACGAUGUCCAGGAACAAGCUCUUACAAAGAGUUGUUUUGAUGCAUGCACCCUAUGACAGAUUCACGGGAGUACACAUUGAAGAUUGCCAAAUUGUUUUGCAGGAAUUGACGGUCAUGCCGGAUGACUUGGUUCUCGCAGUUUUUGAUGAAGGACAUGAAAUAUUUAGAACGAACCAAAGCAUAUUCCAGGAAGUUCGUGCCCAGCAGAAGUUGAUUCUUUCAGAUGUUUCGCAGUCCUUGUUACUUCAAAACAGUUAUCCUGAAAUGCGCCAGGUGAAUCUCACGCAGGUCGUGCGCAGCACACAGCGAAUUGUAUUUGGAGCUAACGCAUUUCAGCUGCAAGAUGGUGAGCCAACUACAUGUCUUGGCACAACUGGCCCUCCACUGAAGUCAUUUAUUUUCGAGGUGCCCGAAGGGUAUGAUGGUGAUUUGUUUGCUCAGUUUGCAGAUAACACAGUGAAAGCUCUGUGGUUUAUUUUAGAGACAUACCCCAGCAUUCGGCUUGAUCGGCACGUCGCAUUGCUCGUGCCAAAUGAUGAAGAGUUCCACAGAACUUUCAGGUUCCAUCUUGAGGAGCGUUUGGAGGCAGAUUUUGGGCCUGCUUACAACAUUCAGCUGGUUUCCUUUGAGGAAUCUUUACGUUUCUUACCAGAGGCUGUACAUCAGGACAGGAGGAAGGAUCAACUCAUUCUUGACUGUGACACCAACGCCAAAGGGUUGGAGCAGCUGUUUAUCAUUUGCAUUGGCUUUGAUGCGCAAAUCACUGGUGACACUGACAAUUUCACCAGAGCUCGUCUUUAUCAUGCUAUCACUCGAGCACAGCUCCAAGCCGUUGUUGUCGACCGAUUCGUCCGUGGUGGUUGGUUGGAGUUUCUCAAUGCUUUGAAACUCAAAGAGACGACCUUUCAAGCGGAUGAUGCAAAAUUGGAGAUCAAGAAGGAUGCAGCUCUCAAAAUAGUGGAAGAAACCACUCAAUCCGAAGCUGAUUCACGUCCAGAAGCGGCCACCAAGGAACCUGCUUCAUCCACGGGCCAAACAGCAAAAAUCACUGCGGAACCAGAAGCUGGCCCAAAGGAGCCUACGGUGGUUGAAGUGCUCCCAACUUCCAUUUGGGACACCAGCAGCAACAUGAUCAAAACCAAGAUUGCGAAGUUGAAAUUUGAUCCAAGGUCUACUGAGGUGGCAUCGGCUGCAGUGGUCUUCGGUGAGAUGGUAGUAGGCAAGCUGAGCCCAGGCAAGAGAUCUGCUGAAGAUGGAGAUCCUUCGUCUAGACCUUUCACUAUGAUUCGACAAUGUGACACCAUGUUUGAAGGGCUUGAAGAUUACAAGAACGACAUGGGAGGAAACGAUACACAGAAAGAUGAAAGCCAGGACACCCAAAGUUUUGACACGUUCUUGGAUGGUCCAGACAGUGGUGUGCUGGCAUAUGAAGAUUUGCUAGCCUUUUCACGUGACAGGGUUCGCAAACUCUUGGACGCUCGCCCUGAGCUGAAGGGUCAAAGUCAUGCAGCAGAAGUCUUGCGGAUCUUGAAUGAUGACACCAAUGAGGCUAGGCAAACCUCUGGCACUGUGUGGCCCAGGCAACGGUCCACGCCCUUUCAACUUUCACUUUUGUCGCAUGAGGCAGGCUCCUUUUGCGGAGACAUCCUGGCCAUAUUCACAGUGAGGUUGUUUCUGGUAGCCACUGAGAGUCUCAUAUUCACUUUGCAGCCAGUUUGUCCUUCGCAUCCCCAGUUGCUGUGGCUGCUGCACUCCGCGGACCCCGAGCAAGCCACCAAUCUGGUGAACCAUCUGGAAGCCAAGGAGCUUAACGGUGACCCUGUCGAUGACUAUGUACGGUACCGCGUCAGCUCCACCGAACGUGGGCAGAGAAAGCCGCAGCCCGAAUGCGAGAAGUUGACCCCGGCUCCAAUCUGGCAGCCAAAGCGAAAUCGAGUGGAGAGCCCAGCUCCGGGCAUUGAAGGGGCACCAGGCCAAGUCAAGGAGCAGGAUGUCGCGGAAGAUGUUGCGGUGUUGUCAUCUGACGAUGAUGGAACUUUAAGCAUUUCAACACCUUGUCCGACUAAGACCGUUGUGUUCAUGGGUCAAGAAUACCGCAACUGGCCGGCCAAAGUGGUGCUUUUGGCAUUUCCCUCCAGCAAAGAGGCUCUGAUACCACCUCCCUUUGAGAUUCCUGGCCGGAAUCUGAAGCUGGAAAGCUUUGCUGACAUAGAACCUCGCCAUUGGCAACAUCGGUUGGACAAGUUGAUUCCGUUGGCGCCAGGGAUCAGCUUCGAUCCAAAGGUUGAUUCCUUCAUGGAACAGAACUUCAAGCUGGCCUACAGCCAUCCAGCGGUGAGAGAUGCUGUGAGGGCAGUUCUAUGUAGGCUGUCCAGCCCGCGUGGGAUCAACCGAGCACCUGCAGUGGUGAUCGUCAUCUAUGUGGUGCUUCGGGUCCAUCGCAUAGAGGUGGUCUGGUGCGCCAUGAGAAAGAACUGGCAAGGGCUUGCCUUGAAGUUGAUGAGAUGGAUCGAGGGUCGCAGCCUAUGUUCUGCGAUUCUCUGCUUCAUUGAUUCGCUCUUUAAAGAUGUGAUGGAGAAGAAGCCUGAGACAAAGGCGGGCAAAGCCAAAGACGCCACCGCCCCCCCGAAGCCAGCUUCAAAAGUCAGGGGGAGUGUUGCUGCUGUCCUGCAGCCGCGCAGCCCUCCCCACAACCAGCCCAAGAGACUGAAGGGCAGUGGUGGGGGUGGGGGCGAAUGGAAGGUCAAGUCGUCGGCAGCUGCAGCUGUGUUAGCUUCUGUGGAACCUCCUGUGGUGGCACCACCUGGAUUGCCAAGUGUGGAGGGUCAGCUGCAUGCGGUGGAGAAGGAAAUCCUGGAAGAUUUCCGUAUCAGCAGCACAGUGGCGACGAACUUCUCCGCCAUGCCAGUAGGUGUCCGGCGCAAGGCGGCACAGACUGAGUUGUUGGAUGGCUUCGCAAAAUUCGAGGGCAGCCUGCAUGACUUCAAUCUUCCGAACUUCCAGCCUGGACGGCUUGCCGCCAGUGAAAAUGCGGCCCAUGUCAUCCAAGCGUGGAAGAGCGGUGAAUCGGCCUGGAAGGUGAUUCAGGCAAUGAUGCUGCCUCGAGCCAAGGAAAUUCCGGUGAACGUAUGUAUUAAUGGCUCAGGAUAUCACAUUGGCACACAACCAUUCAUGCCGUGCCUCAAAGCCAUGUUUGCGAAGCAGCGGGCUUGCUCCAAAUCCGAUGAUGAGGCGGGAGUUGUGAACUGCCAGUGUGAUCGCCAUCCAGAUCCGAACGAUUGUGAGAAGGCGCAGGAGGAGAUCAAAUUGCGCAAGUUGAACAGCGGUCGUGUGAUUUUUGACCCAAAGCCGAAACCUUGGCGAUGGAAUGGGGUUUGCGGAGUUAGCGUUGCCAUGCCGAAGUCGUCUCGACGCAGCAGCAAGCGACAGCGCCAGCAGCAGGCGUCCUUGUUUCCGAUGAUGAUGCCCAACAUGUUUCCACAACCUGAGGAGUCGUCGUCUUCAGAAGACGCCCCAUUGGCAGCAGCAGCGGCACCUGCAGCACCUGCAGCACCUGCGGCGGCGCCUGCUCCGGCAGCUGCUCCAGACGAUGGGCUGACACCAAUCACACGGUCCUACUCCCUUGUGAAGCAGAUUCCCCGAAAACACUUGCAACAGACUGUGUUUGAGCUGAUGGAGGAGCUGGACUCCAGCUGGACUGCUGAUCUUUCGGUGACAGGCUUGCUGGCCAUUGUCUACAUUUGCUCUCGUGUGAAGCCUCCCACGCCCUUGACGCAACUCCAUUGCAAAUACUAUGAGCACUUUCCUGAUGUGGCCAAGCGUGGUUACAACAGAGUGUGUGCUGCCUUUGGUGGAGCUGAUGUCUUCAAGAAAGGAUUUCUGGAGAAGCUUCCACUCAAUUUGAACGACACACAUGUGGUGACCAUUGCUCAAGAAUAUGGGUGGCAGGACCAGUGGAUGGUGAAGGCCGAAAAGAAGCGAGGUCGUCAGCAGGCAUUGGACAAUGCUGCGGCUGCUGCCUCCGGCGAUGUCGGGGCAAUGCUUCGUGUGGCUACUGGUAGUGCUCAGCAGCAGCAGUCUGCUGGAAAUGGUCCGCAAGUUGAAGGAAAUGGUGAGCAAGCUGCUGCUUCUGGUUCAACCCCGCAGCCGCCUUCUGAUCAUCUUGCAGCUCCCAAGGCAGCGCCGCCUCAGCCUCAGCAGCUUGUUGCCCCUGUGAGUCAAGCUUCGCAGCCUGCUGCUGUCGCGGCUCCGCUGCCUGCCGCUGCAGCAUUCGUGCCACAUACGCCAGUGAGAAGCCAUCGUCGUGCAGAGAUGGACUCACAUGCUGCAGAGACACCUGCCCCAAUGACAUCAUCCAAGUCAGGUCCACCCCAGCCACCUGCUGACUUGGCCGCGACGCACAUCUGCGGCAUUUGCCUUGAGCCCAUGGAGCGUGGAGAGCCGUGCACUGACUGCUUUGCAAUGCAUGCAUGUCUUUCACAAGGCAUGUGUGGACGAGUGGCGUCAGGUUGCUGGGAUUGUGGACAUGGCCAGGCACAUGCCAGUGCCAGCAAUGAUGGCUGGGAGAUGGUACCUUCAGAGAACGAAGAAGAGGAAGGCUUUGGUGUUGGUGCCGCUGCUGAGACUGCCAAUGCUGUGCCGGUUGCCGCCGAAGUCCUCGUAUUUCCACCUACAGAUGCUUGGAUUUCUCAAGUGGCAUACGCACCUGCGAACUCCACAACUCUUUUCUGGGACUUGAACUAUUUGCACGAUGAGCUGAAGCUUGUACAUGAAGCACUAGAAUUCAAACAGGUUCUGAAUGAGAUCAAGGAUGUGGCGUCCAAAAUGCCCAACGCAAUGGAUUGCAAUGCGUGUUCCACGAGACUGGCCUUGCACUGGAUGAAGGCUUCUUGCAACAAGACCGCAGAUGCAGAAAAGGCUGCGUUCUUUGUCAAUCGCAUGAGGUUUGCAUUGGGUCGGUUUGCUAUGACUUUCCGAGUGGCUUCAGAUGGUUUUGAGAUUCAAGUUGAGAAUUGGCAGAACUUGUUCGUCAACAAUGCCUUCCUGGCUUGCAACCUGCAGAGAAAUCUUAGAACCACCCACCUAAGUGUUGAACAGGCGUGGGGGUCUCAGUGGGACUCGAUGCUCACAGACUCAGACCUUCAAAUGCCAUGGUCUUCACAGGGCCUGCCUUUACAAAGUGUUCUGCGCUUUGCCCUGACAGUAGAAAGAGUUCGCAGAAGGCAACAGAAGCCGCCAUGGAAGACUAGGAGCGCUGAUUGCCUGUCAAAACUGCAGUCCGGCCUCAUGGCCUUUCUCAUUCAGGGCGUUGAGAUGACUGUCAAUCAAGACCGUUCACCUUUCUUGGGUCGCAAUUUGCCAAAGAGAAAAUUUUGCAGGUUCCGGGCCAACAAUGAUGAGAAGAUUGUGCAGCGAAUGCAUCUAGAUGAAGUCUGGCAAGUUGUGGAAAAGUCACAGGCACAGAAUGUCUCCAUGUACAAAGUGGCAAUGCUUUCGGCCGAUGGUGCUUCAGCCGGAUCCUGCCUGUAUUGGCAACAGAAGUUGAAUGCCAUGUACUAUAAAAGAAGCAGAAUGUCGCUCCUCUCCUUGGAACCUGUCAGGAUCAGUGUCUGCACAGAUGCGUCAGUGCAUAGCUGCCGUGAUACCUUGAUCAGCAUUUUCUAUUCCUGUCAGAAUGACAUAUCUUGCUAUGGCAUUUCGCAGCAUCUAUGGCCGGGCAAAAUUGUGAGCGCUGGAGAUGAGGUGGCUGUUGAGACUGAAGAAAUGGAACGUUUGCUAGCGAGAAGGGAACAAUCACGCUUGGCGACCUACAAGUUAGCACAGGCUCUCAGCCAGCAGCUUCAACUUCAAGUCGGCUUGGUUCUCAAUGACUUUGCAGCCACUUAUGAUGUCCCAGUGCUAUGCUUGCUGGUGGACCAAGCCAGUACUGACAUGGCCCUGGCCUCAUUUCUGAAUGAUUCCUUCUUCUUCAUACACAUGGACUAUGACGUCUUCCAUCGGCUGGCCCGAGAUCAGAAGUUAGAAUCUCCGCGGUGCCAAAGCUACCUGGAGAGAAUCGCCGAUGAUCUUCAGCUGCAAUGCCGGACAGCAGAGGAGCAGCGCCAAGUUUGGCAAGCCUUGAAGCAACUUCCUUCAUUCCACCUGAAGGGCACAUGUCCCAAGCCAUCACGAUGGUGCGCAUGGCUGGAAACUGCGGAGGAGGCAAUGACCGAGUGGUGGGGCACCAGGUUGAUAUUAGAAUAUUACUUGGGUGAGGCAACACCGAACCCAGAUGACAGCAGUGGCUUCAAAGAGCUGAGAGCCAAAAAAGUUUCUGGCUUGACGCUGGCUUACCUUUCACUCUCGCAGCAAAACUGGGAGCACUGCAAGUUGCUCCAAAUCGUUGGCAAGCCAUGUUGGGGAUGGUUCACAGAGUACCACCAGAACGUCAAAACAGCGCAGGACGCAGUGAAAUAUUCAAUUCAUAUGUCAAAUGACUGGAAGGAAUCAGAACACUUGAGACAAAUGGCAGCUCUUUGCGCUCCUGGGGGGAAAUCUCAACUUGACUCUGUCAUGUAUUGGGCUCGGGAUGCUCAAGGACUUUCUGCUACUGCUGUGUCUUAUUGCAUCGAACUGCUUGGCCAACGUUGUGGCAGCCUUUCCAAGCAUGGACUUCCCCCACAGGUCUAUGCAGGACUUCUCUCCGAAGAUCAUGAGGCGAGCAUAGCUGCUUUGAAAAAAAUGAAGCUGGAUUUCAAACUACUUCAAGGAAUGGAGGUGAGUUCAGCCCCCCUUGCUACAAGCCUGGCUGCAGACCUCCGUUUGUCUGUCAGUGCUCCGAUUCGCCUCGUCAUGAAUGCCUUUGAAGUUUGCAACUUUCGGCUCUGCCCACAGGCAGAAGGAGCUGUCGAAAUUCUCAGAGUUUUAGUGCAGAAGUUGCCUGAUACAAAAUGUAUCGAGGACUUGCACCAACGCAUUCGCUCGAAGCAGAAUUCUCGGUCCAACGACAAACUGUUGAUGGAUCCUAAGAUCGCAUGGCAAUCUGUGACGGAAUCCAACUUGGUGAGGUCUGCUGCGGCAUGGUCAUGGGCUCGCAAGUACCACAAACGACGCCUGGAGCAAGAUGGCUUCGAAAUUCAGGCCGGAAGGUUGAAUUUUCUUUGCCAGCCUGGAAUGCUCAUCCAGAAUCAGGAUGCCAACUUUGAGGAUGAGGUGUGGGUCGUUUUGAAAGAGCACAUGUGGGCCACAAUGGUGUGGCCGCUGAAACGCUUGGAUACUGCACGCUUUGAACUGGACCCUGCUGGUAAAGCCACAUGGCUGCACGUCUACAACUUAGACGAUUUUGCUGCUUUGCCAUCGGUGGCCAACUGGGAGCCUACUUAUUUUGGGCUGCAUAUUGUCCAGGUUGACGAUCCCAUGCCUUUGGCAAAGUACGCUUUGGUGAGCAAACCUUCGGCCCUGGUUUACAACAGUUUGCUGGUCCUAGCUCAAUAUUUGCAACUUUGCACCACUGCUCAAAAACCUAGUCGGAAGUCCUUGCUUCAAAGCCUGGCCGAAUCAUUGUCUGGCGGUGAUGCUCAUUAUGUGCAAGCAGUCUUGCAUGCUGACGAGAAGAAGAAGCAGCAAUCAGGAAAUGAUGAUGGAAGUUCGCAUUUGGUGAAUUGUCUUUUUGAGAAUUUGGACUUGGAGGAGAGGACAGAAUAUCGGGAUUUGAAGAAAAAGACUGAUCAGUCUGCAAAACUGCAGAAACAACAAAAGUGGCAGCGAUGGUUGAAGGAAAAGACUGAUGAAACACAGGACAACGAGGAAUCAGAGGAUGACGAGGAUCAAGGUGGCCCAAGCGAUGGUGGUAGUGAUGGCCCUGGUGAUGGCGCUGCUGCUGAUGACCCACACCCAGCUGAUGACCUGCAGCCAGAGCUGCCAGAUUCUCGUCUGGAUGUUGUUGGUGGCGGUGGUGAAAUUCUCCCACCUGCUGAGCUGCCUGGCGUGGAACACCGUGAUCAUGUUGCUUUGGCUGCAGAGGCUGCCGUCGAGGGUGCAGGCAUGGACGAGGCGAUGGAAGACGCGCAGGCUGAGGCAGCUGAACCUGCACAAGCCCCCAGACCGCCAGCAGCAGCAGCGGCAGCACCAGCAGCAGCACCACCACCAGCCCCUGAGGUCGCUGCUGCCCCGCGACGUGCUGGCAGUGCUUUUGAACGUCUGAAUUUUUCUCCAGUUGAAAUCUUGCAGCGACUUGUGCCAAACUCUGAUUUUCGCCUCUACGUGGACCAGAACCAAUAUCGCUGGAAGGUCGAAUGCCAAGUGACGUCUCCCAAAUUUGUGCACCCUUAUGACAAAAAACAUUUUUCACGUGUCUUCACAAAGGAGACCUGGAAAUCUAGCCUGUCCACGUGUCACAAGUACAUGUGGAAGAAGUGUAAUUUGAGAUCACAAGCUUUUUGCAUUUUCCAGCGAAGCCUUCUGCCUGCUCUUCGCCAUGUGGAAGUCGUCAAUGCUGCCGUGGCUGUGUCAUUUGUACCCAAUGCUGAAGCCGAUAGGGUAGAGAUCGAAGUGGAGAAUGCUUUUCGGCUUUCUUCCAGCGUGAGCUUGUCGUUCUUUGGUUCCCUUGCAGACUUCAGGUGUGCGUCAACAGAUCGCCUUCGGAAAGUGCUGGGCACGUUGAAAGCUUACUUAGACUAUGACAAGUACAUGGGCGGAUGCGCUGCCACAAUUUGGCCAAAGUUGUUGGGCAUGGGAUUCAAAGACCUUUUUGGCAUGCCUGUCAUGGUUCAGCUUUCAAUUCUCUGUGAGCACGCUAUUGCCAACAUGGAGUCAGGGUCAUCUCAGCUUCGGAGCAUGGUGGAAUACAGCGCUGGCUUUGGAAAUCUGAGCCGCUCGUUUAUUCGGAGAAGAUUCAAAGUUGCUUCCCUGGACAAGAAGUACCACAACUUACACGAUGUGCUCUCGUCCGAAGGGUUGCGGCUGUGGCUUCUUUGUCUCAUGUGCUGCGAAGCCUGCUCAUUCUUGUGGUUUGCUCCUGAAUGCAGUUCAUUCGUAACCCUGUGUGCAGCUCAAGCUCUUCGGGGUGUUGCCAAUGGUUUUUUGGGUGAUACCUCAAAAACCUUUGUGAUGACAGGCAACAGUUUGCUGAUCGUUCAUUCGAUGAUCAUGGCCAUUGCCUUGGCACUAGGCCACCAGGUGGGGCUGGAGCAACCUACCUCAAGCUGCAUGUUGCAAACGGCUUGGAUGUCCCACAUCAUCUCUUUCUUCAAGCUGGCGAAAACCCAUACAUAUUUGGGCGCAUUUGGAGGAAGAACUCAGAAGCCGCUCGUUCCGACCUCCUCGCUGGAUCUGACGGGGAUGAUGCGUGACCGCCCUGUGAUGGCAGAGACGCUGGCCACCAAAGACGGUGACGCUAAUGGGUUCACUGGCAAGAAGGAGCUGCUGGUUGAAUCAGAGAUGUACACUUUUGCAUUCUCUGAAGCCUUGGCAAAAAUUGUCCAGGCCCAACUCUGA